AUGGAAGAAAUGAGCAAAAAUCUUUCAAGCUUAUCAGAAGCUCUUGAUGACAUAACAAACCAAAUUCAGCCACUUUUUGAGCAUGAGUCCCUUUCCCAACUGAAUCUCCAACUCACUCCUGAAGAUUCUCUCAAAAUGAACACAGCAAUUGCAUAUACUUUGCAUUCUCUAUACUAUAUCCUUCUAAAAACUCAAGGAAAUGAUCUCAGCGAUCACCCACUAAAAAAAGAAAUUGAUAGAGUCAAAGAAUAUGUUUCAAAGGUUCAAAAAUUUUUGUCUUCACCCACUCCUCCACCAACGAGGAUUGACAAGCAAGAAGCUGCAAGAUUAAUCACAGCUAACAUAGAGGGAAAAGGAAGAGUAUUCAAAGGAAGCACUCCUUUACCCCAAGCAGGCCAUUUGAAGUGGAAAGAAGAUGUUGAUAGAAUUCUCGGAAAGAAAUAA